AUGACUUACCACGCUCCCUGCUGCUGCAGUGUCCCCACCGGCCCCGCCACCACCAUCUGCUCCUCUGACAAAUGCUGCCGAUGCGGAGUCUGCCUGCCCAGCGCCUGCCCACACACCACUUGGUUACUGGAGCCAACCUGCUGUGACAACUGCCCCCCACCCUGCCACAUUCCUCAGCCCUGUGUGCCCACCUGCUUCCUGGUCAACUCCUGCCAGCCAACCCCAAACCUGGAGUCCCUGGACCUCACAGUCUGCGUUCAGCCCUGCUGUGAGCCCUGCCUCCCGAGCUGCUGA